GCCCUCUCCUCCCCCACCGCCGCGCCCUGGUCUCUCCCGAGGAGACCGACGCCGCCACCCCGAUCUCUCCCGAGGAGACCAGCGCCGCCGCCCCGGUCUCUCCUCACCGCCGCCUGAGUUGUUCCCGCCACCGGCCGAUCUGACGCUUCCACCGCCUCCUCCAGUUAUCCUCUCCACGGGCAGAGCUCCUACCCCAACUCCAAGCAGAGCCCGCAGCUCCUAGGCUGAUCUCGACGGUGAAGUAUCGUCGCCGCCGUAGCUUGCCAAGUUCUUCCAGUGCUCGGACACGAGGUUGAGGACGCGAAGAAUUAGGUUAUGGAUCCAGCAGAUUGUAUUGCUGUCCGUUUUCAUUUCAAUGGGGAAUUUAUCAAUGACGGGAAGACAGUACAAUAUGUGGGGGGCAAAGAAGCAAUGUCCUUUUUAGAUCGAGCAACCUUGAGCUUACAGAGAAUUCAACAAUGUUUGAGUGAGCAUUAUGUCACAGUGGACGGACAACAAUUGCACUGGCUCUUCCCUGGGAAGGAUUUAUUUGAUGGGUUGUUGAUGCUGUCUGAGGACAAGUCUGUUGAAACACUGUCAGCAUGUACAACAGAUGCAGGUGUGGCUGAUGUGUAUGUCGAGGAUCCAGCCAUGCAAGAUGAAGAAGUUAGUGAGGAAGAAGAUUGGGCUGAAGACGAGUAUGUAGCUACUGCUGAUGAGAAGAAGUCCGCAAAGGAAAAGCCAAUUGAUGUAGAAAGCAGCUCCGAUGAUAGUGACUUUGUGCCACCAGAUUGUUCAUCAGAUGACGAUGAGGCAGAUGCUAUUAGGCAAGAUUACAAGAAAUUCAAAAAGAGCAAGAAGAUGGCAGCUGAAAAACUUGCACUUGAGUAUGAGUUUGAAGCAUUGAAUGUAGUUAAACCUGAAGGCAAUUAUGAAGAUGACUCAAGUGCCGAAGAGGAUGAAUCUUAUGACGAGGAUAGUGAUGGUGAACUUAUCAAGCGUGAGUCUGAAUAUGCUAGGUUUAAUAGUAAAGCAGAAGUGAUCAAGUUCACCUUGGGUAUGACAUUUAGUGGGAAGAAGGAGUUCAAAGAUGCAAUCAUUCGUUAUGCACUGAAGGAAAGAAAAGAAAUCAAGUUCUUAAAAGAUGAGGGAGUCAGAGUAAGGGCAAAGUGCACAUGGCCUCAUUGUCCUUGGGUGUGUUUGUUGAGGAAAACAUCAAAGUUUGAAAGUUGGCAGAUUACUUCAUUUACUGAGGAACACACUUGUCCAAAAAGGAAAGAUAGUGCACUAGUUACAAGUAGACGGAUUGCAGAAAAGUUUGAGAGUUUGAUAAUGUCAAGUCCAGAAUGGUCAAUCCAGCAAUUAAAGUCAACCAUACAGGAAAAAAUGUUUGCAAAUGUGUCAAUAUCCAAAAUCAAGAGAGCAAAAGCACUUGUCAUUGGAAAAAUGCUUGCGGCUAAAGAGGGAGAGUACAACCAAGUGUUUGAUUACCAACUUGAGUUACUUAGAAGCAACCCUGGGACUACUUGUGUGGUCAAGCUUCACCCAGAUUUUGAAGAACCAACAUUCCACCACUUUUAUGUGUGCUUUGAUGCUUGUAAGAAGGGCUUCUUUGCAAAAAGGAAUAUUGAAUGUUGUUCACCACUGGGCUCCAAUGGCAGAGCAUAGGAAUUGUGCUAGGCACAUAUAUGCUAACUGGAGGAAAAAAUAUAGGGAAAAGGACUGGCAAAAGCUAUUCUGGGCUUGUGCAAAAGCACCUUGCACAAUGUUGUUCAAUCUUGCAAGGGCCAAGUUAGCACAAUGCACACCUGAUGGAGCAAGGGAUGUUAUGAACACAGACCCACAACACUGGAGCAGGGCUUGGUUCAGGUUAGGAAGCUGUUGUGAUUCUGUGGACAACAACAUUUCUGAAACUUUUAACAAAUGGAUAGUUGAGGCUAGAUUAUAUCCUCUGAUAACAAUGUUCGAAACAAUUAGGCAGCAAAUUAUGAUCAGGAUACAAGAAAUGAGAAGUGAGAUGGAAAGUUGGACUGGCAUCAUCUGUCCAAAAGUACUGAAGAAGCUACAGAAAAGCAUAGAUUAUUCUGCUUAUUGUCAUGCAAUUUUUAAUGGCAAUGAUGCUUAUGAAGUGAAGACAAGAGUACAUAGGUACACUGUCAGAUUGCAUGACAGGACAUGUAGUUGUAGGUAUUGGCAGUUGUCAGGCCUUCCUUGCUCUCAUGCCAUCAGCUGCAUACACUGCACUACAAACAAAUUGGAUGAUUACAUUGCUGAUUGCUACAGAGUGGAUAAUUUCAAAAAAACUUAUGCUUAUUGUCUGCAAGCUCUUGAGGGAAGAGCUGCAUGGCCUGUGUCUCAGAGACCAAAACCAAAAGCACCUAGGCACAUCAAUAUGCCUGGUAGGAAAAAGAAGUGUAGAACAAGAGAAGAGGAAGAAAAACCAAAGACUAGCAAAGUUAGCAAGGUUGGCACAGUGAUCAAGUGUAGCUUGUGCAAGCAUAGUGGACACAACAAAACAACUUGCAAACAAAGAAAUGGAGUGCCUAGUGCUAGUGCUCCAUCUGCUUCUGCUCCUAGUGGUACUGCUCCACUUUCUGCUACUCCUAGUGCUCCUAGGGGAAGUGCUCGUCCACCAAGUGAAGCACCUGUUCUGAGUUCACAACAAAGCACUUCACACAAAAGAAGGGCCACCGAGGAGAUGGCACCACCAAGACAAGCAAAGAGAAGGGCGCCAACUAAUAACAACAGUAGGUCAAAUAAUUUCUCUGGAAAUACCUUCAAUGUACAUGGAAGCUCGAAUGUCAAUGUCAAUGUUUGCACUGGUACUUCUCGCGCGACAACUAGCAGCAAAGUUACCAAAGAGAGGUGCAGUAGCAAUGGUAGUAACAAAGGCAAGGGGACUGGCAAGGCCAAAUAUGCUCGGUUUCGAAGCUUGCUGGGAUUUGAAAAUUGAGAGUUAUUUGUGUGCUUGUGAGAUUUGGGUGUCGAUCAGACCUAUCUAUGUGAGACCUAUGUGUCAGACCUAUUUGUGAGACCUUUGUGUGUAUCAGACCUAUCUAUAUGUAUGUGAGACCUAUGUAUGUGUGUUUCAGACCUAUAUAUAUGUAUGUGUGACCAAGUUCUGUUCAA